CUUUCCACCGCCACUCUCUAUUUUCUAUUUCCAUUUCCAAUUUCUUCAAACCCGAUUCUCUCUCUCUCUCUGAGCCGGAGAUCUUGGAUUUUGAAUUUCUUUCGAACAUCGUCGCUGCUUCGAGUAGUCGUCGGAUCAAACCGAUCUGAUCUGACUGUCUUUGACGGAUUUGGAUCUUUGAUUGCUAAAAAUGGAGAAUCUGAUCUCUCUCGUUAACAAAAUUCAGAGGGCUUGUACGGCGCUUGGUGACCAUGGCGAAGCUAGCGCAUUGCCUACACUCUGGGACUCCUUGCCGGCUAUCGCCGUCGUCGGUGGCCAAAGUUCGGGAAAAUCUUCAGUGUUGGAAAGCAUUGUCGGCAAGGAUUUCUUACCUCGUGGAUCUGGUAUUGUUACUAGGCGACCUCUUGUCUUGCAACUUCAUAAAAGUGACGAAGGAAGCAGAGAGUAUGCAGAGUUUCUCCACCUUCCCAGGAAAAGAUUUACUGAUUUUGUUGCUGUCAGAAAGGAAAUUCAAGAUGAGACGGAUCGAGAGACUGGUCGUUCUAAACAAAUUUCCAGUGUCCCAAUUCAUCUCAGUAUAUAUUCUCCCAAUGUUGUAAACUUGACACUUAUUGAUCUUCCUGGGCUUACGAAAGUAGCUGUCGAGGGGCAACCAGAGAGUAUUGUUCAAGAAAUUGAAAUGAUGGUUCGGUCCUAUAUUGAAAAGCCUAAUUGUAUUAUACUUGCUAUUUCACCUGCCAAUCAAGAUUUGGCAACAUCUGAUGCAAUUAAAAUCUCUCGUGAAGUUGAUCCUACUGGGGAGAGAACUCUUGGUGUGUUGACGAAGAUUGAUCUCAUGGAUAAGGGAACAGAUGCUGUUGAUAUAUUGGAAGGCAAAGCUUACAGGCUGAAGUUUCCUUGGGUUGGUGUUGUGAAUCGUUCACAAGCAGACAUCAACAAAAAUGUUGACAUGAUUGCAGCUAGGCGUAGGGAGCGUGAAUAUUUUGCUAGCACUCAAGAAUACAAGCACCUUGCCCAUAGGAUGGGCUCUGAGCAUCUAGCAAAGGUCCUUUCAAAGCAUCUUGAAACGGUAAUCAAGUCCAAAAUCCCCGGCAUUCAAAACCUUAUUAACAAAACCAUUUCAGAACUUGAAUCUGAACUAAGCCGUCUUGGAAGGCCUGUUGCAAAUGAUGCUGGAGGAAAACUAUACAUGAUUAUGGAGAUUUGUCGUGCUUUUGAUCAGAAUUUUAAAGAACACCUUGAUGGCGUGCGUCCUGGUGGUGAUAAAAUUUACAAUGUCUUUGAUGACCAACUUCCUGCUGCUCUGAAGAGGUUGCAGUUUGAUAGGCAACUGUCAAUGGAAAAUGUAAAGAAGCUUAUUACUGAAGCUGAUGGAUAUCAACCUCAUUUAAUAGCUCCUGAGCAAGGAUAUCGCCGUCUUAUCGAAUCUACUUUAGUUACUAUUAGAGGCCCAGCUGAGGCAUGUGUUGAUGCGGUUCAUGCCAUAUUGAAGGAUCUGGUUCACAAAGCUAUGGGUGAAACUCUAGAAUUAAAGCAGUAUCCUGGUCUUAGAGUGGAGGUAGGAAACGCAGCUAUCGAGUCACUUGAAAGAAUGAGGGAGCAAAGCAAGAAAGCAUCACUUCAGCUUGUAGAUAUGGAGUGCAGUUACCUGACAGUUGAUUUCUUCCGGAAGCUACCUCAAGAUAUUGAAAAGGGCGGCAACCCUACACAUUCAAUUUUUGACCGAUACAAUGACUCAUAUCUAAGGCGUGUCGGAACAACGGUGCUAUCUUAUGUCCAUAUGGUUUGUGCAAGCUUACGGAACUCGAUUCCGAAGUCUAUUGUUUAUUGUCAAGUACGAGAGGCCAAAAGAAGCCUCCUCGACCACUUUUUCACCGAGUUGGGAAAACUAGAGCAAAAGCGCCUAUCAUCUUUGUUGAACGAGGAUCCAGCGAUCAUGGAGCGGCGUUCUGCCCUAGCAAAGAGGCUCGAGUUAUACAGAAGUGCACAAGCAGAAAUCGACACAGUUGCUUGGUCAAAGUAAGAUUGUUACAUGUAUAAUAUCUUCUUCUGUAUCUGGAAUCUGGGAGCGAAGAUGGCAGCAGCACAAUUCUUUCAUUCAUACAUUGCGGGGAAGAAGGUUAGCUGGAUAAGCUGAUUUUUGUUGUAUUCAUUUUCCGACGCUAUAUAAAGAAGUGAUUUUCGCCAUCUUUCUUCGACGCCCUUCGUGGAUAUGGAUACCGAUAUCUAGAUUACCAAUUACACAAAUAUUAUAUGAAGAAAUACCUGCGUUUCUUUUUCCUUGUUUUGAAUUACUUGGAGUGGGGAGGAAAAAAAAAAAGAAAGGAGAAUCUUCUCUUUUGGAGCACAGAUAAUUAAAUAGAUAUUUAUUUUAAAGAAAA